UGUCUAUCAGUUGUCGAAAUCAUAUCAACAACAGUUUACAGUGUUAUUAGAUCGAAAUCGAUAUUCUUGGAGAACGCAGCCAACAAAAUGAGGUCGUUAGUUUUUGCGUUGCUCGUAGCGGCGAUACAAGGCGGAUCAACUGCGCAGACGGAAAAUCCUUGUCAGGGGAUUCUCAGUGGCAUAUUGGUGAGUCCGGAUGUGUGCUACGAGUUCAUUGUGUGUUACUUGGAAGAAGCUGAAAUCGUGAAUUGUCCGGAGGGCACGAUAUUUUCCACGGAUCUUGUGACAUGUGUCCCAGGCAAUCAGCAAACAUGUGUGGAAGGAUUUCCUGAGGAUCCUGAAGAAGAUAAUCCAUGUAGAGGAGUGGUGCUGAGUAGAUUUCCUCAUCCGGAGAGCUGCACAAAGUUUAACAGUUGCUUGUUGGGAAGUUUGAGGGAGCAUACCUGUCGAGACGGAUUUGUGUUCUCACGGAGAUUCUUCAUUUGCUUGCCGGGUGAUUCGGAGACUUGUAAUGUGCAGAUUUUACCAACGACAACAACUCCUGCACCCGGAACUAUAAACCAAGUACCUAUUGAGUAUUGCGUAACAAACAGUAGAUCCUUCGGACGGUUGCCACACCCACGGCUUUGUACGCACUUCGUCCGGUGCCAGCUUUGGAUUCCUACAGUGCAAGCAUGUCCCAGCUGGACAGUAUUUAACGAGAGGCUACGUAUCUGCAUUCCGGGUAAUCCCAAUACCUGCGCUACGUUGAUUAAUCCGGAGGGUACCACAACUACCACAUUGGCUCCGAUAACGAACGAAAUUUGCGAAGGAAGGUUGUUGGGGUUGAUACCUCAUCCACACUUCUGCUACAUGUACAUAAGCUGCCGGCUGGGAGUAGCCACGGAGCACGAAUGCCCUCGAUUGCAUGUGUUCUCCGAGCAACUCUCGAUAUGUCUACCGGGAAACCAAAGCACAUGCACAAUAAUAGGGCAGGACUGAAGAUGCACGUGGAGCCAUCUCGAAUAUUGAUAAUUUGUUAACUGUGAUAGGUAGUAAGAACCUUAGAAACUAAGUUAGUGAGAUCGAAUAAAAACUAUAGUAUAUAAUACCGUGAA